AUGAACAGUGAUGCAUCAUGGAAACACCUUAACCAAAGCAACCAAGGAGAAUUCAUCUUAUUGGGAGUGGCUGACCGCCCUCGCUUGGAGAAGUUGCUCUCUGCUGUCAUCCUGAUCUGCUAUACAAUGACCUUGCUUGGAAACACGACCAUCAUUGUAGUGUCAAGGCUGGAUCCUCGUCUCCACACCCCCAUGUAUUUCUUCCUCAGCAACCUCUCCUUUCUAGACCUCUGUUACACAACCAGUCUCGGGCCCCAGAUGCUGGUGAAUUUCUGGGGAAAACGAAAGACCAUCAACUAUGUUGCCUGUGCAGUCCAGUUAUAUGUCUCCCUUGGUCUGGGCUCAACAGAAUGUCUUCUAUUGGCAGCCAUGGCUUAUGACCGCUAUGCAGCAGUCUGCCAACCCCUGCGCUACACUACCAUCAUGAGCCAUUCCAUAUGUUUCAUAAUGGCUGCUAUCUCCUGGGUAAGUGGCUUCAGCCACUCACUAGUGCAAGCAACAAUGACCCUGAGACUCCCUUUGUGUGGACACAACAGCAUAGACCAUUUUUUCUGUGAAGUACCGGCUCUGCUCAAACUGGCAUGUGUGGACACUUCAGUCAAUGAGGCUGUUCUGUUGGGUUCCAGUGUGGUCAUCCUCCUUCUCCCCCUGAGCCUCAGCAUAGUAUCUUAUUGCUACAUCACAACAGCUGUGUUGAGGAUCCGCUCAGCCGAAGGCAGGCGCAAGGCUUUCAACACCUGUGCCUCCCAUUUCACUGUGGUGUUUCUCUUCUAUGGCUCAGGCAUUUUUAGUUAUCUUCAGCCUCCUUCGAACUACUCCCGUGACCAAGGCAAGCUGAUGUCCCUGUUCUAUACCAUGGUUGUUCCAAUGCUUAAUCCAUUAAUCUACACGCUGAGGAACAAAGAUGUCCACAGAGCUCUAAAAAGAGUAAUGGGCAGGGAACCAAAAACUUAG